AGGACACUAGGGAAGCUCUGCCACAAGCUCUGCGGCCGUCUAUGCGUCAUUCACGACUCCCGUGUAAGCUCUCGAGACUGUAUUUUAAAUUCUAACUCGUUGUGAAACGAUGGCCGAUCAGCCAGCACCACCCCUGCCGCCACGGACAAAUAGCAGCACUGCCACGCCGCCACCGCCACCUGAAACCGAGCCGUGGGACGCCGAGGCAGCCACGGCUCUGCUCUGCCUAGCGGCGUGCAGCUUGCGCGACGACGGCGAGCAAGACGCGUUCAACGCCGCAUACAUCAAUGCGGCCGCCGCAGCGGUCGGCGUUGGCGCGGUGCCGCCGAGCCUCGAGCACUCGUCGUGGGCCGCCGCGCUCAAGCCGCUCGCGCGCUCGGAUGCGCGCAAGGCGAGAGACGAGCUCGCCGCUAUCCUCCGGGCGCGCGCCGACGGCGUGACGCUGCGGCGCAAGGUGCUGGAGGGUCUACUCGCGGCACCGCUCGUGCACGCCAAAGGCGCCUACGACGCGCGCGCGAGGCGCUGCGUGGCGCGCGUCGCCGCGGCGCUAGACUACGACAAGGGCUGGCUGCGCCAGAGCGAGCGGGCCGUGGCCGUCGCGCUGCGGAGCGCCGCGGGCCCGGCGCCGGCCGUGGAGCGCCGCGAGUCGAACGCCGCGGCGGCCCUGCGCUACGCGGCCAUUGGCGCCGCCGCCACCGCGACCGGAGUGGCCGUCGCCGUGACGGCCGGCGUCGCGGCUCCCGCGUUAGCUGUGGCACUAGGCGGCUCGACGGUCUGGGGCGCGUCGUCGGUCGCCACAUUUGCGACUACUUACUCGCUCUUCUUCGCCGCUGGUUUCGGCGCUGCCGGCGCCGGGCUCGCUGGCUACCGGACGUCGCGCCGCGUCGCCGGCCUCACGGACUUCGAAAUUGUUCGCGGCUGUGUAGAAAUCAAAUGUCGCGGCGCUUCUCACGUCAUCGACGCGACGCACACAGGUUCGCGGCAUCGCCCCGAAACCCGAAGCGAGCGGACUUACAGUGGCCGUCUGCGUCGCGGGGAGCAUGCGAGACCCGACGGACUACGCGGCCGCCUACGGCGCCGACCCGCCCGCGGACGCGCCCCUCAAGCGGAAGCUCCGCCGCCUGCUGCAGCAGAAGGAGGGUUUGUCCGCGGUGGAGGCGCGGGACCGGGCCCGGAGCGUUCUCCUGGCCGCGAAGACGGGCCGGACCGAGUCGUUCGUGGCCACCCGUCGGCCGUCGCAGCUCGAGCGGCUGCGAGGCAAGGUCGUCAAAAAGAGCGAAGAAACUUUGGAGGAGCGGUGCCGCGCGCUCCUCGGUCUCGCGCCAGAUGCGCCGCUGGACGCGGCGGCACCACCGGAGGCGCUGACGCCGGGGCUCGACGAGACCGUCGCGCGCGAGGCCGCGGACGCGCUCGAAGCCGCCGUCGCGAGAGCCAGCGCGCCCGACAGUGGUCCAUCGGUGCGGGGCGACGCUUCAAACAUUGUGCGCCGCGCGCUUUCACUUCGAGCGGACGAGGCGGUCGACGUCGUCGAUUUGACGUCUCGGGCGCUGGGCGACGGCGACGAGGAGGCCGCUCGAAGGCGGAACGCGGCCGACGCCGAAAGAUUGGCCGGCGCCGGCUUGGACGACGACGAGACCGACGACGCCGAGGAGCUGGCGCCGGAGUCGCCGACGACGAUCAAGGAGGACGAUGAUAGUAAUGACGUCGAGCUGUGGUGGUGGCCCCAGGCGUGGGCCGGCGGCGCGCCGGAGCUGAAUCUGCUGAUCUGGGAGCGGGCGAUCCUCGUCGAGAUCACGGCGUCGAUGGCGGCGCUCGCGACGAGCCUCGCGCAGAGCGCCGGCCAGGACGCCAUCCUGUACGCGGGGGCGGCGACGACGGUCGGCCUCAUCCUCACGAGUCUGUUGCUGCCGAUUACGUUGUUGCAGGCGACGAAGUACAUCGAUGGCACGUGGACGCUCGCGGUGACGAGGGCGGAUGCCGCCGGCGUCGCGCUGGCGGACGCGCUGUGCGCGCGGUCCGCCAUCGGCGAACGGCCCGUGACGUUGGUCGGCUACUCGCUGGGCGCGCGCGUCGUUUUUAGUUGUCUGGAAGAACUCGCUAGAAGGCACGCGCGGGCGCAGAAGCGGUGCCGGCGGCGCGAGCAGAGGCGAGCGAGAGCUGCGUCGGUCGUGGGCGUCGGGGCGCACGCGGGCGGCGCGGACCCGUCGUCGGACGUGGGUGUUCUGUCGGACGAGGAGGACGUCGACGACGACGAGCGCCUGCACGGCACGCUCACGAUCGCGCCGCUCGACGGCGUGCACUGGAUUGACGCGGCCGGCGGCCGGCGGCUCCGGCUCGCCGUGCGCGCGGGCGCCGGCGCCGGCUACACCGUCGGUUCGAACGCCAAGGUCUCGUCGCGCGCGCGGCGCCUCUUCGGGAGCGCGUCUGAAAACGACGAGCCCGACGCGCUGCUGGCCGGAACUCGCGACUUGCGGGCGGCCCCGGGGGAACCCCUCGCGUGGUCCGGUCCCGACAACAUCUCCGCGUCCGUCGAGAUCGACUGCGCGGCGCGCGACGCCGUGGUCGACAUCGCGCUCGUGGCGUCCUCGUCGAGCUACGAGACGACGGCGUCGCACGAGGUCCUGGCGGCGAACCGCUUCCCGCGCGGUCUCGGCGCCGGAAAACCGCGCACAUGCCAUCGACGUGACCCGUCACGUAACGCAGGUCAUGGGCGCGCAAGCAGGCGGCGCGCGAUGAUCCAACCAAGCCCGUCAUCCGCCUCGCGGCGUUGGCUGAUGCCUCUGGCGUGCGGUUCCGGGUCUGAACUCGGCCUCCACGCCAUCGAUGCGACAUCGUCCCGGUCGUCGAGUCUCGAUUGCAUCGGCCUCCACGCCAUCGAUGCGACUGCGCCUCCGCUCGCAGGUCUCGGCGACGGCGCGCGUCGAGGUUAGUUGGCAGGACGCCGAGGCGCACGAAGCGCUGGAUCGUAAUCGCGACUCGUUUCGCGGCAUCGUCGAGCACGCCGUUUUAUUGGGCGCGCCGUUGCGCGGCACGGGCGGCUCGACCACGGAGCGCUGGCGCGCCGCGUCGGGCGUCGUGGCGGGCCGGCUCGUCAAUUGCUACUCGCCGAACGACCUGAUGCUCGCCGUGUUGUUUCGGAUGCAGUCGUGGGCGGCGCGCGUGGCAGGCUUGGCGCCGCUUUCGCUGCCCGGGCUGGCGGUGGACGUUGACGUGUCAGACUUGAUCGGCGCCCACGCCGACUACGGCUUGAAGAUCCGGGAGAUCCUGGAGCGCGUCGAUCUGGAGGACGCGGCGCGGGACGACGACGUGUUCCUCGCAUCGGCCGACGACGUUGCCGCGGAGUCGUCGUCGUUGGGGGUGUCCGUGGUGUGAGUAUAAUUGCCUUUUUGUGUGAA